AGUACGAUAAAUAUUUGUCAUUCCAAAAAGAAUUCUAGAUACAUUAGAAAUGGAAGUUAACCGGGAGUAAACACUAGAUUUAUUAGAAGAGACAUAACACUACAUUUGUUAGGCGAAAUAAACCGCAUCUGUUAGAAUAAUCCAGGAAACACUAGACAAGUUAGAACUGACAGACGAACACAGGUAAACACUUUGCACGUGCCGCAAUACACAAGUUUCCUAUAGAGAAAACGAAUGUUUUUGGAUUAAAACACCAGAACGUGACAAUAUUGGACUAUUACUAGCGAGUUCGUAAUUUGAAUACACUCGGCGACGACACAAUGGAGACAUCUAGCGAAUUAUUAAUUAGUUUACUAAGUAUUAGACGGCGUUUAAAAGUAGUUCCGUUACGAAAGAUUCAAUAGACACGUCUCGCAUUACGCAAACGAGGGGAAAACAUCGCGUAUUUUAAGUAAACAAGUGGACACGUGUCGUAACUCGGAAGCGCGAUAAAAAUCUACAACUGGAGAAAUUCCCGUGUUUACGAGUCGUCUCGAAAAGGAAAGGUAUUCGUUCCGAGUAGUUACUGCGAAUCGCGAAGAGAGGUAAAAGUUACGCGGCGUGACGAAGAAGAGCGCGCCUGUCGCGUCCUCUCUCCUAUAAAAAAAACCAAUAGAACGCGUCGCGUCGUCGAGCAUCUAGGAGCGACGCGACACUAAACUUCGCAUUUGUUACGUUUUCGCCAGUCAUUCGUGCGUGAAAUUCGUUUUUUAAGUGAUUCUGCGAUACCAAUAAAAAUGACGUAAUUAAACGGAGUAGAGUGUCAAUGACGUGACUUGGCGAACCUCGACUGGAAAUUGGAUCGUAGCGCUCGGCGAUAGGGACUUUGCUCGCCUACCUUCGGCUUCUACGCGUGCGCCGUGAUUUGUAGGUGUCGAGCACACCUGAGAAUAACCGGGAUCCGUUUCCGAGAGUCCACUAUUCUAGGAACAUUCCGACGCGUGUAGAAUGGUGAGCCAUUUCAGGUGCGCGAGAAUAGUCAAAUGCCUCCUCCUUCCGACGCUCCUCUUCGUCGUGGUGUUGUGCUUCGUAUCUUCCGUGCGUAACUCCGUUACUCCGCGUGACGAAGUCUCGGAAGCUCUCCCUCAGCAUCUAACGCAAGGAUACGUAGAAGAAAAAUGGGAUCGAGCGGGGCAUCUACGCGAGAAACUUUUAGAUCGGAGAGUGGAUUCGAAAUUCGUGGCGGUGCGCGAUUACUUGAAGGCUUCCAGAACCUACUCCGGUAACUCCAGCGUUACGCUAACGACUCAGGGAACCUACGAAUUUCUGCAUCACGUGGAGGAGUUGUGUAUCAGAUGGAGGGCACCCGUUUCCGUCGCCGUUUACGCACCCGGCGGAGACUUCGUUCCCGCGGUGGAGAGGAUGCUUUACCUACGUCACUGUCGCCACCCCUGCCUAAAAAUUAACGUGACUUGGCACGUUAUUUUCGACAAGCUUCACGCGUUGGCGGAAGAUACGCUGCUGGAGGCUCGAGAGGGCUCCUCCGACUGCCAGAGGGUGCCAAACUCCACUUCCAGUUAUCGCCAGGAACACGGAUUGACCUAUCCCAUCAACGUGGCGCGUAACGUGGCCAGAAAGGCGGCCAGGACCCACUACGUGUUGGCAUCCGACAUAGAAUUGUAUCCGAGCCUCGACAUCGUGCCGAAAUUUCUGGACAUGGUGAGCAAAGAAGAAGGCGCCGCUUUUCCACGGGUCUACGUCCUCCCGGUUUUCGAGGUGGAGAAAAACUGCCAAGUUCCGGGUACCAAGAAGCAGUUACUCCAGUUAUUCUACAAAAAGAAGGCGGUGUUCUUUCACAGGUCGGUAUGCGACCCGUGUCAUCGGUUCCCCAACAGAAAUCUGUGGCUGAAGAUCUUCCCGCCCAACGACACCCUCAACGUGUUCUCCAUCACCAAGCGCUACUACCCCUGGGAGCCCUUCUACAUAGGAACUCGCAACGAGCCGAUUUUCGACGAGAGGUUCACCUGGGAAGGGAAGAUGAACAAAAUGCCUCAGGUUCUGGCGAUGUGCUUCCUGGAUUACGACUUCUACGUUCUAGACAACGCGUAUUUGGUCCACUCCCCGGGGAUAAAGAAAGUGAACGGUACGUCGGAACGUCGUCGUGCCAAAUACGUGGCGGCCAACAGACGCGCCUACAACAGCCUUCGACGGGAUCUGAUAAAGCGGUACGGCCAAAAACGCAAAUGCCGCUAACGCUCUUCGCAAAGCUGUAAAUAUGUAAAUUAACUCGUAUUUAUGAAGGAAUAAAGCCGAUGUCACGUGA